AUGGUCUCUGCGUGCUUGUCCUCUAGAGUCAAUCCCCAUUGGCUGAAUCUUCAUCAAAUGCAGCAUGAGAUGGUUGUGACUGUCGGCGGUCGUCGUGUCUUCCCAAUUUUGGAAUACCAGCUCAUGAAUCUGAAUCCAUUAUCCAUGUACAAACUCACAGUUCACUUUGAGCAUGUUGAUAAUAUGAGACUAAGACAGUGCAAUGGAAAAUGGUCCGAGACGAUUUCCACUGAGAAGAAGGAGGCUCCAAGAAAGGUUUCACAUAAGUCGGGGGUUAAGGAUGGGGCCAAAUGGAUGGCAGAGCCAGUCAACUUUGAAGACAUUCGUAUUACCAAUCGCAAGACGUUGGAAGAUAAAUCUGGUUCUAUUGUUCAUCUUCACACACAACACAGAUAUCUUCCAGUUCUCACCGUGACUGAAAUUGAAAGCGGAUCGGAGCAGGAGUUCAGAAUCCCACACACUGUUUUCAUCACAGUGACGACCUACAGGAACAGAAAUGUUAAUCAAUACAAGAUCAAUAUCAACGAAUACUCCAAGAACAACCGUCGUCAGAGCAUCGAGCAAAAAGAGAAUCAAGUGCCGGAAUCUACCUCAACACCUCCAACCACCCCCAUGGAUAUUUUCCAACUAUCUCUUCAAGCUUUAAUUUUGUCUAAUCUUUCACAAAAUGCUCCAAUUUACCCAUCUGUCAUGACUCCACCAACCCCAUCUACAAGCCCUCUCAGUGUAGCAUCUAUCCUUGAGCCAACUCCUCCAACACCUUCAUAUUUCAAUCCAUAUAUCCUCGCUGGUUUAGGACUUCCUCUCCCAACCCUUCCAACUCUUCCAUUCUGUGUGCCCACCAAUCCAUCCGCUCUCCCAUUCCCCUCUGUCGCUCUGACUCCACCAAGCCUUCCUUCACCGUCAGAAGAGAUCUAA